UCCCGGCGACGACUACGACGACCAGGAGAGCGGACGGAGGCGGCGCCUGAAGCAGCCGCGGAGCCCAUGCCCCGGGACGGCGGGCGGGCCCGGAGAGACAAGUCCGGGGCCCGGGGCAUGUCCCCGGGGCCCCCGUGAGGAGGCGGCGGCGGCGGCGAUGGAGAUCCCGCCGCAGGAGGCGCCGCCCGGGCCGGGCGCGGACGGAGACGCCGAGGAGGCCCUCGCCCAGGCCCGGUCUCCCAGUCCCGCAUCGUCCCCAGCCGAUGGGCGCCUCAAGGCUGCGGCCAAGCGCGUCACGUUCCCCUCCGACGAGGAUAUCGUGUCCGGAGCGGUGGAACCGAAAGAUCCUUGGAGACACGCCCAGAAUGUGACCGUGGACGAGGUCAUCAGCGCCUACAAGCAGGCCUGCCAGAAGCUGAACUGCAGACAGAUCCCCAAGCUCCUCAGGCAGCUCCAGGAGUUCACAGACCUUGGACACCGCAUCGACUGCCUGGACCUGAAAGGUGAAAAGCUCGACUACAGGGCCUGCGAGGCCCUGGAAGAGGUCUUCAAGAGGCUGCAGUUCAAGGUGGUGGAUCUGGAGCAGACUAACCUGGAUGAAGAUGGUGCCUCCGCUCUCUUUGACAUGAUCGAGUACUACGAGUCGGCCACCCACCUCAACAUCUCCUUCAACAAGCACAUCGGCACGCGGGGCUGGCAGGCCGCCGCCCACAUGAUGCGCAAGACCAGCUGCCUGCAGUACCUGGACGCCCGCAACACGCCCCUGCUGGACCACUCGGCGCCCUUCGUGGCCCGUGCCCUGCGGAUCCGCAGCAGCCUGGCGGUGCUACACCUGGAGAAUGCCAGCCUGUCGGGGCGGCCCCUCAUGCUGCUCGCCACAGCCCUGAAGAUGAACGUGAACCUGCGGGAGCUGUACUUAGCCGACAACAAGCUCAACGGCCUGCAAGACUCUGCCCAGCUGGGCAACCUGCUCAAAUUUAACUGCUCCUUGCAGAUCCUGGAUCUCCGUAACAACCACGUGCUGGACUCAGGUCUGGCUUACAUCUGCGAAGGCCUGAAGGAGCAGAGGAAGGGGCUGGCGACCCUGGUGCUGUGGAACAACCAGCUCACACAUACGGGCAUGGCUUUCCUGGGCAUGACGCUGCCACACACGCAGAGCCUGGAGACGCUGAACCUGGGCCACAACCCCAUUGGGAACGAGGGUGUCCGCAACCUCAAGAACGGCCUCAUCGGCAACCGCAGUGUGCUCCGCCUCGGCCUGGCCUCCACCAAGCUCACGUGCGAGGGCGCGGUGGCAGUGGCGGAGUUCAUCGCCGAGAGCCCCCGCCUCCUGAGACUGGACCUGCGGGAGAACGAGAUCAAGACGGGCGGGCUCAUGGCGCUGUCCUUGGCCCUCAAGGUGAACCACUCCCUGCUGCGCCUGGACCUCGACCGCGAGCCCAAGAAGGAGGCGGUGAAGAGCUUCAUUGAGACCCAGAAGGCGCUGCUUGCAGAGAUCCAGAACGGCUGCAAGCGCAACUUCGUGCUGGCGCGAGAGCGCGAGGAGAAGGAGCAGCGGCUGCAGCUGUCGGCCUCCAUGCCCGAGAUCACAGUCACCGAGCCCCAGCCCGAUGACGAGCCGGGGGAUGAGCCCGCCACCGAGGCGCAGGAGAAUGGGGCCCCGGGCCCUGGGCCUGGCCUGGACUCAGACUCAGACUCAGACUCCGAGGGGGAGGAGGGGGAAGGGGGUGGUGAGGAGCGGGCUGUGGCCCCCGGCCCUGCCCAGGUGCCCCCCACGGACUCCCUGGGCCCUGGGGACAGGAGCCCCCCAGGCAGCCCCUCCUGCCCCACCGAGCAGCGUAUUUCCGUGUCCAGUCCGGGCUGGGGCCGCAAAGUAUUUGUGGUGACUCGUGUGGAGAGCCCACCUGAGAGAGCAGAGCCCCCUGUGCCACCCGUCCCCGGCCCUCCCUCCCUCCCCGCUUUGCCCUCCCCACCUCCCUCAUCUUCCCUACCGCCAGCUGAGGCUAUCAGCACUUGGGACCCAGGGUCGUCUGAGCCUCAGCCACAGCCACCUCAGUCAGGGCCACCACUGCCCAACGGCCUGAAGCCCGAGUUUGCCCUCGCACUGCCUCCAGAGCCGCCCCCGGGGCCCGAGGCCAAGGCGGGCAGCUGUGGCCUGGAACAUGAAAUGAGCUGCUCCAAGAACGAGAAGGAGCUCGAGGAGCUGCUUCUGGAAGCCAGUCAGGAAUCUGGGCAGGAGACACUGUGACACUUUAGUUCCUUUUUUCCGGUCAGUCUUCGAUGAGCUGAGGCCAGAGCCAUGAGAAUCUGCUCACCCCUCACCCCCAGCCCCCGAGGCCUGGGACACCAGGGGUGUGGGGGGCCUCUCUGGGGACCCCCACCCCCCUACAGCAACACUACAUCGGGUGCAGAAGCUACAGGGAAAGGCCCUCCCCACCCUGACUUAAGCACUUCUAUUUAUGUGUUCGGCACCCGAAGACUGGACUGGGGGGUGGAUGGGAGGAGGGGGAGGAGAAGUCUCCAAGGACACGCACCACAGGCCGGGGCUUUUCCGGAGGGGCCUGUGGGGCCAGGACUGCCCUGUGGAGGGCGGGCAGGAGUCCUGGGGGGGGGGGAGGGCCCCUCGGUGGCCCUGGCGCAGGACGAGACAGGAGGCGUGGUGUGGGAGGGGCGGUGAGUGAUGGUGGUGGUUGAACUUCCUAGAACAGCCCCAGAUAGGGUGAGGGCUGGGGGUGGGUGGGGGGAGGUGGGAGCAGAGGGUCAGAGCUUUCUCUUUCUUAAGUGCAAUAAAUCUAUCAGGGAGCUGGGUGGGGAGCAGCCGGGGUUCUGGAGACCCUGCUGUCCAGGCCACUUGAGGCUGUGCCCUGAGAGGCACUACAACCCAGGGUGGGGAGGGGCGAGGGUGGGGGAGGGGCUGCUCCUGUCGGUGCAACUCUGUUCACACCUUUUCUAAUAAACCAGAGCUGGGUUCACCAUUCUCC